UGAAAAUGAAUCAAAAUAUUUAAGUUAUGAAUUAAACUAACAGCUACUCAGGGUCAUGUAAUUUAAAUGUAUUUGAAUAUUAACGGUCACACAGGUCCCCUAGUAGAAAGAAGUAUACUUAAAAUACAACAUUGGAACCCCUGGUGGCAAAUGGCGGAACUACGCAAAACUGUCAGAUUGGGAUCAGCUGCUGUCAUGAGAAAACAACAAUCGUUGUCCAGCCAAAAAGGUAUAAAAGGAGACGCAUUUCACACAAUCGAGAUCAGUCUUCUGUUGAUGGCUGGUAAGUCAAGUGUGAUUGGGAGGAAGAAAAGGCGCGCAACCUCGGUUGAAUUGAGUCUUAACAUUAAAUUGACAAUACCCAAACUAAUCAGUGUCCUAAUAUAAGCCCAUACUUCAAAGACCAUCGCAAUUCUCAAAAUUUCAACAUCACGAUGGAGCAAGAUAGCCCCAACACGAAAAAAUUCAAACGGGCGAAGGAGAAAUUUCGAGCUCAUCUGGAACAAGUCGAGGCUCAAAGGCGAAGGACAAUAUUUUUAGACGAAGGUCCUAGUACCAGCCGAAAGAGGAGAACAAAUCAAUACCGUAAGCCCAAUCCAAGAAAGGGUAGCAGUCAAUCCUCAUCGCCCCAGCACCAAAUAUUUUACCGAAUGUGCAGCACAACCCCGAAUGACGUUCCACAGCAAAAGUGUAACACGACCGAAAACAACAGCGACGAUAUCGAUGAAACUGACUCUUUGAACGAGGAAACCCAGCCUAGUAGUGACGUCCCGCGUACACCAACCUACGCCCCGUGUUUUGGUUCGCCAAAUAGCUUUAAGCCGGCUUCCGAUGUGCUCUCAACACCCACUUCAAGGUGCUCAGAAAUGCCUGUUACACCGGGUAAAGAAUGGUGUCGUGACUCAGAUGACGCAUCAACGCUUCCUCGGCCCAAUAUGGAGGAGUCGGGUGAAUCUCAAUCAAAUUUCGAAAUGGAUGAAGAAUGUCGGCGUAUGUUUUACGGUUACUUAGAAACCUCAGUGACUCGGCGAGCACAGUCACCCUUAUCCUCGAAUAAUUCCUCGCUGGAUGAGUCGGAUAACGAAGAUCAACGUUCCUCGUCUCCGCCAAAAAGGUAUGGUCUGGGAUUUGUCCGUCAGAAAGAUAGCCAAUACAAAUAUCUCGGAUUUCGCUGUUAUGAGAGAACAGUUACUGUGCAGCUUUUGGUCCCCGACUCCGGGGAAAAUCCAAUAUAUGAAAUAACCAACCCACCGCCGGAUAAUCAUCGUACGCCCUCACCCACACCCGCGAUAGGGGAAGAGAUCAACACCGAAGAUAUCCAUUCAAUAUCCAACACCUCACACAAACAUGAGGAGGUUCCUACUUCAUCCUCACAUGCUUUCGCACAUUUAGAAGAAGACUCCAGAUCGACCGCAAGUAGUUUUGUGACAGUUUCCGAAGAUCCUAGUUCUGAGUGGUGGACCCAAUGGCAGACGCUGGUUGGUGUUCCUCCAUCAUCACCGCUAUAUAACAUAACCGAACAAGCAAAUCUGUUGCAUAGUGAUGACGUACAAAUUCCAUCGCAAUCCAAUGCUGCCGUCAUAUCGGACGAUCACAGGUCCCCCAACGUGAAGGAAGAUAAAUCAUUACCAGGAACGCCGGGACACGUUGUCGAACUGUCAUCACCAUCGAUGUCUUCCCGAUCGUCAUCCUCAUCCUCAUCAGCCUCGUCGUCUUUAUCGUCAUCCUCAUCCUCAUCAGCCUCGUCGUCUUCAUCAUCAUCCACAAGCCAAACGAUGACACCUCAUCAGCCAACAUUGUGUAGCAGUCAACCUUCCAUCGAUGAAGUGUUUAUACCCAGUAAGGAGAAUAAUAGCACACCAAGUACAAUCAAAUUGCCAGUCACUGAAAUCCCAACUGAGUCAACGCCAUCGUCCUCGACAGACAAUCCCGUGAACGAUAACACAUUUCUCGAACUGCCAAAUUAUCCCGAAAACCUACAAAUCCGUAUCGAGAAGUUUAAAAACAAUUGGAAAAAGGGACACAAACUGAAGCGAAUUGUUAAACAAGAUGGCAAGCAGUACCGCAUAAUAAUAUCAGCAGACGGGGUAGUGAAGGUAUCUCUCCGAACUUCUGCAAUUGGUCUCUAACAUACCUUCCUAUUCGACCGAGAUAUAGUCGAACCAAAGUGCCCAUGUCGGAGAAAUAAAAGGUUACAUAACACCCUAGGGCUUCCUGGCUAUUGAAACCCAAUAGCAAUAGAGAAAGCAAAUCAAGGAAUCAAAAAUCAGAGGGAGGAAGAGAUGCCAUGUAACGCCCAAAAGUCAUGCUUUCGUUUUUGGGGUACAUUAUUAUUUUAAAUACCAUUUUUACUUACGUAUGUUAUAUACAUCAACUAUGAAUUAUAUUUUUUGUUUGAAAAUGAAUCAAAAUAUUUAAGUUAUGAAUUAAACUAACAGCUACUCAGGGUCAUGUAAUUUAAAUGUAUUUGAAUAUUAACGGUCACACAGGUCCCCUAGUAGAAAGAAGUAUACUUAAAAUACAACAUUGGAACCCCUGGUGGCAAAUGGCGGAACUACGCAAAACUGUCAGAUUGGGAUCAGCUGCUGUCAUGAGAAAACAACAAUCGUUGUCCAGCCAAAAAGGUAUAAAAGGAGACGCAUUUCACACAAUCGAGAUCAGUCUUCUGUUGAUGGCUGGUAAGUCAAGUGUGAUUGGGAGGAAGAAAAGGCGCGCAACCUCGGUUGAAUUGAGUCUUAGUAAGCCAAACAAUAAGCCUUGACUAUUUGUGGUGACUGGACUGGACUGAACGCAGGGUCAAGUGAGGGUUGUAGCAAUACUCCCUAUUCUUCGGGCUGCGUUGACGGCGACUGAACGCAGGGUCAAGUGAGGGUUGUAGCAAUACUCCCUAUUCUUCGGGCUGCGUUGACGGCGACUGAACGCAGGGUCAAGUGAGGGUUGUAGCAAUACUCCCUAUUCUUCGGGCUGCGUUGACGGCGACUGAACGCAGGGUCAAGUGAGGGUUGUAGCAAUACUCCCUAUUCUUCGGGCUGCGUUGACGGCGACUGAACGCAGGGUCAAGUGAGGGUUGUAGCAAUACUCCCUAUUCUUCGGGCUGCGUUGACGGCGACUGAACGCAGGGUCAAGUGAGGGUUGUAGCAAUACUCCCUAUUCUUCGGGCUGCGUUGACGGCGACUGAACGCAGGGUCGAGUGAGGGCUGUAGCAAUACUCCCUAUUCUUCGGGCUGCGUUGACGGCGACUGACGUACUCAUCGGGCUGCUGCUGUGCCAAAGCUGCCGCCACCCGAUUCGCCGCUCGCCUAUUCAUCGGGCCGCCGCUGUGCCAAAGCCGCCGCCACCCUAUUCGCCGCUCGCCUAUUCAUCGGGCCGCCGCUGUGCCAAAGCCGCCGCCACCCUAUUCGUCGCUCGCCUAUUCAUCGGGCCGCCGCUGUGCCAAGCUGCCGCCACUACUACUCGCCGCUGACGUAUUCAUCGGGCCGCCGCUGUGCCAAGCUGCCGCCACUACUACUCGCCGCUGACGUAUUCAUCGGGCCGCCGCUGUGCCAAAGCCGCCGCCACCCUAUUCGCCGCUCGCCUAUUCAUCGGGCCGCCGCUGUGCCAAAGCCGCCGCCACCCUAUUCGUCGCUCGCCUAUUCAUCAGGCCGCCGCUGUGCCAAGCUGCCGCCACUACUAUUCGUCGCUCGCCUAUUCAUCGGGCCGCCGCUGUGCCAAAGCCGCCGCCACCCUAUUCGUCGCUCGCCUAUUCAUCGGGCCGCCGCUGUGCCAAGCUGCCGCCACUCUAUUCGUCGCUCGCCUAUUCAUCGGGCCGCCGCUGUGCCAAGCUGCCACCACUGCUACCCGUUUAUUAACAUUUCGACUGAACUUUGUGAUUUAGUGUUCUUCGUAAAACGUUCUGAACGUGAUUUUAUUGUGUUUAGUGUAGUGUUUAGUGUUAUUUAAGGAAAUAAAUUUAUAACGUUUUAAGAAAAUAUUUUUGCUUCGCUCUCUCUCUCUCUCUUUAUGUCCUAACAAAUAAAUUUUUGUGACGACUCUGGCCCCCGCUGAACCUACCCCAGCUUCAAAGUGAAAACACGUCGUCACAAACAUUA